AAAACCUAGUGUCCCUACUCCUGUCAGUCUUUGGCAAUUCUUCCUUCUCCCGCUCUUCUUCACAGUUCGCACUCAAAUCUCCUUCUUCCAUUGCGCAAACUUUCUGUCUCUGAAAUGGCUGAUGAAAAUUUUGAGCAGCAUGAGAUGGGUAACUUGCAUGACACAGAAAACAUGGAUAAUAUGAAUAGUGUUCAAGACAAUGAUAAUGUGAACGACAAGGAUAAUGUGCACGAUGCUGAUCAUGUGCACGAUGCUGAUCACGUGCACGAUGCUGAUCAUGUGCAUAACAUGAAUAAUAUUCAUGACUCAGAAACCAUUCCUGCUAUGAAUAAUGCACCUGAGGAGACACAUCAUUCUGAAGAGGUCAAAGUUACUCCAACUGAUGCAGGAACUGGCGAAGAAAAAAAAUGGCCGGGCUGGCCAGGACAAAAUGUUUUCAGAAUGUUGAUUCCUAUUCAGAAGGUUGGUGGUGUUAUUGGUCGGAAAGGAGAGUAUAUUAAGAAGACCUGUGAGGAGACAAAAGCUCGCAUCAAGGUUCUUGAUGGUCCUCCUGGGACCACUGAAAGAGCUGUGAUGAUAUCUGCGAAAGAAGAGCCAAGCCUAUUAAUUCCGCCAGCUAUGGAUGGUCUUUUGAAGGUUCACAAGCAGAUUGUUGAUGUAGACUCUGAUUCAGCUAAUGCUCCACCAGGCGCUGGGAGGUCAGUCACGACAAGACUGCUUGUGGCAGCCUCACAGGCUGGAAACUUGAUUGGGAAACAGGGUAGCACUAUUAAGUCUAUUCAAGAUACAUCUCAGUGCACCAUUCGAGUGGUUGGACAAGAGCACCUUCCACUUUUUGCUCUUCCUGAUGAUAAUGUUGUUGAGAUACAAGGAGAGCCUGCCGGGGUGCAUAAAGCAGUUGAAAUGGUUGCUUCACAUCUCAGGAAAUUUUUAGUUGAUCAUAGUGUAGUUGGAUUAUUUGAGAUGCAAAUGCAAAUGCCAAAUGCUCGAUCAAAUCAGAACAGGCCUCCAGCUGGACCUACUCAGUCAUGGGCCCCUCCUCCAUCCAGUUUUCCUGGGAGUGCUGGGGGUGGAUCUGGUUUUGGACCCAACACUCGGUACAUGCCGCCUGCACGACAAUUUGAUAAUUAUUUUCCACCGGUAGACAUGCCACCGUUGGAAAAAAAGCCUCGUCAGGGCCCCUCUCCUUAUAGUAGAGAUGCUUCAAUGGGAACUUAUGGUACAAAUGUGCAAACACAACAAUCUAUGGUUACAAAGGUCACCCAAAACAUGCAAAUUCCUCUGUCCUAUGCUGAUGCUGUUAUCGGGACCUCUGGUUCAAAUAUUAGCUAUAUUCGUCGGGCCAGUGGUGCGUCUAUUGCAAUUCAAGAAACAAGGGGUGUUCCUGGUGAGAUGACUGUUGAGAUAACUGGAUCUGCAUCACAGGUGCAAACAGCUCAGCAAUUAAUUCAGAAUUCUGUUGCUGAUGCUGCCAGCUCAAUGCAGAACACGGCAACUGGACCACCUUCCCAAGGUUAUUAUCCUCAUUCUCAAGGUCCUGUAUACACUUCACCAUCAGGUGACCCUGGCCAUCCAUCUGGUGCUGAUUAUGGUUCCAUGUAUGGAUCCAGCUAUGGUUAUUGAUGGAUAUCCUGCUCAAGACAAGUCAUGGUUACAAUCAUGAGAUCUCAAGUCAUCAGCUGUUUAGAAAGUUUUGUUUUCAGUUAGCUGUAUCAUGAAUAGUAGUAGUGGUGGAUGCAUUAGGUAUUUAGGUGGAAGUGCUGGUUGGUUUACCUGUAGUUUUUUACAUUCCGUUUUGAAAUUAUUCAUAUAUCGCACCGAGUAAGUAUGAUGUUUCACCUCAGUUAUACAGCGAACUCAUAUUAGAUGUGUUCAUGCUAAGAGAUGAAAAAGAAUUGCUUUCCUUUUCA